UCAACGAGUCCCGGACCCAGGAGGCUCAAGGUGCUGGAAGUAACCCUCAGGCAGCAAGUCUCCAGGGGAAGGGCACAAGCCCCACAGACAGCUGUGCCACACCUCGGGCUGGGCUCCUGUUAGGAGAGAGUACCUGCACCCAGGCAGCGGCUCAGCGGCAGCUGCUCCAUGCAGAACUGAAGCUGGUCUUGCAGCAGAAGGAAGAGAAGAAGCAAGCGUCUGGGGCCCGAGUGACUCCCAGCAGUGCCAUGGAGGUCAGGAGCCGGAGUGCAGAGGAGCUGAGGCGAGCGGAGUUGGUGGAGAUCAUCGUGGAGACGGAGGCGCAGACCGGCGUCAGCGGCAUCAACGUGGCGGGCGGCGGCAAAGAGGGAAUCUUUGUACGCGAGCUGCGCGAGGACUCACCUGCAGCGCGGAGCCUCAGCCUGCAGGAAGGGGACCAGCUGCUGAGCGCCCGCGUGUUCUUUGAGAACUUCAAGUACGAGGACGCACUACGCCUGCUGCAAUGCGCAGAGCCUUACAAGGUCUCCUUCUGCCUGAAGCGCACCGUGCCCGGGGACCUAGCACUGCGGCCCGGGACCGUGGCUGGCUACGAGAUCAAGGGCCCGCGGGCCAAGGUGGCCAAGCUGAAUAUCCAGAGUCUGUCCCCUGUGAAGAAGAAGAAGAUGGUGGUGGUGCCUGGGGCCCUGGGGGCCCCUGCAGACUUGGCCCCCGUUGACGUCGAGUUCUCCCUUCCCAAGUUUUCCCGUCUGCGUCGGGGCCUCAAAGCCGAGGCUGCCAAGGGUCCUGUCCCAGCUGCCCCUACCCGCCGGCGCCUCCAGCUGCCUCGGCUGCGUGUUCGAGAAGUGGCUGAAGAGGCCCAGGCAGCCAGACUGGCUGCCGCUGCUCCUCCCCCCAGGAAGGCCAAGGUGGAGGCUGAGGUGGCAGCAGGAGCUCGGUUCACAGCCCCUCAGGUGGAGUUGGUUGGGCCUCGGCUGCCAGGUGCUGAGGUGGGUGUCCCUCAGGUCUCAGCCCCCAAGAGAGCCCCUUCAGUGGAAGCAGGCAGCGGUUUCACCCUCCACCUGCCAACCCUUGGGCUAGGAGCCCCGCCUGCACCUGCUGUGGAGCCCCCAGCUGUAGGGAUUCAGGUUCCCCAAGUGGAGCUGCCCACCUUGCCCUCUCUACCCACUCUGCCCACACUUCCUUGCCUGGAGACCCGGGAAGGGGCGGUGGUGGUGACAGUCCCCACCCUGGAUGUGGCCGCACCUUCUGUUGGGGUGGACCUGGCCUUGCCAGGCACGGAGGUGGAAGCUCGGGGAGAGGUGCCUGAGGUGGCCCUGAAGAUGCCCCGUCUUAGUUUCCCCCGAUUUGGGGCUCGAGGGAAGGAAGCUGCUGAGGCCAAAGUGGCCAAAGGCAGCCCGGAGGCCAAGAUGAAGGGUCCCAGACUUCGAAUGCCCACCUUUGGGCUUUCUCUCCUGGAGCCCCGGCCCUCUGCCCCAGAAGCUGUUUUGGAGAGCAAACUAAAGCUGCCUACCAUCAAGAUGCCCUCCUUUGGCAUCGGAGUGGCAGGGCCUGAGGUCAAGGUGCCCAAAGGCCCAGAAGUGAAGCUUCCUAAGGUCCCCGAUGUCAAACUCCCCAAAGUGCCUGAGGCAGCCCUUCCAGAUGUGAAACUCCCAGAGGUGCAACUCCCUAAAGUGCCUGAGAUGAAACUCCCAAAGGUGCCCGAGAUGGCCGUGCCAGAGGUGCGACUCCCAGACGUGCAACUUCCCAAAGUCCCUGAGAUGAAGCUCCCAAAGGUGCCAGAGAUGACUUUGCCCGACGUGCACCUCCCAGAAGUGCAGCUCCCAAAAGUUCCAGAGAUGAAGCUCCCGAAGGUGCCGGAGAUGGUCGUGCCUGAUGUGCACCUACCAGAAGUACAGCUCCCGAAAGUUCCGGAAAUGAAGCUCCCCGAGAUGAAACUCCCUGAAAUGAAACUCCCAAAGGUGCCCGAGAUGGUUGUGCCCGAUGUGAGACUCCCUGAAGUGCAGCUCCCCAAAGUUUCAGAGAUGAAGCUCCCAAAGGUGCCUGAGAUGGCUGUGCCCGAUGUGCACCUCCCAGAAGUACAGCUCCCCAAAGUUCCAGAAAUGAAACUCCCGAAGAUGCCCGAGAUGGCUGUGCCCGAGGUUCAACUCCCAGAAGUGCAACUCCCCAAGGUGUCAGAGAUGAAAAUCCCGGACAUGAAACUCCCUGAAAUGAAGCUCCCUGAGAUAAAACUGCCCAAAGUGCCUGAGGUUGCCGUGCCCGAUGUGCACCUCCCAGAGGUACAGCUACCAAAAGUGUCAGAGAUUCAGCUGCCAGAAAUGCAAGUGCCAAAGGUCCCAGAGGUGCGUCUUCCCACGGCCUCGGAGAUGAAGCUGUGCAAGGCCCCAGAUGUGCAGCUAAAAGCUGCUGGGGCGGAGCAGGCAGAGGGGAUGGAAUUUGGCUUCAAGAUGCCCAAGGUGACCGUGCCCAAGUUAGGUAGGGCGGUGUCUCCGACACAAAAGCCAGGUGAGGCAGGUGCCGAGGUCUCAGGGAAGCUGGUAACACUUCCCUGUCUACAGCCGGAGGUGGGAGCCGAGGCUCGCGUGGGCCUUACUCUGCCUUCUGUGGAGCUAGACCUGCCAGGGGCCCUUGGCCUGGAGGGGCAGAGCCAAGCCACUGAGGUGGGCAAGGUAGAGCGGCCAGAGGGUCCCAGGGUGGCAGCAGGUGUUGGAGAAGUGGGCUUCCGGGUGCCCUCCGUUGAGAUCAUCACUCCACAGCUGCCCACAAUGGAAGUUGAGGAAGGGCGGCUAGAAAUGACAGAGAUGAAAGUCAAGUCGUCCUCCAAGUUCUCCCUGCCCAAGUUUGGACUCUCGGGGCCAAAGGUAGCCAAGUCAGAGGCUGAGGGUGCUGGGCGAGCCACCAAGCUGAAAGCGUCAAAAUUUGCCAUUUCACUCCCCAAGGCUCGGUUGGGGGCAGAGGCUGAGACCAAAGGGACGGGGGAGGCAGGUCUACUGCCCGCCCUUGAUCUGUCCAUCCCACAGCUCAGCCUGGACACCCAUCUGCCUUCCAGCAAGGUGGAGGCAGCAGGGGCUGAUGUCAAGCUCAAGGGGCCCAGGUUUGCUCUGCCCAAGUUUGGGGUCAAAGGCCGGGACACUGAGGCAGGAGACCUAGUGUCGGGAGUGGCUGAGUUGGAGGGCAAGGGCUGGGGCUGGGAUGGGAAGGUGAAGAUCCCCAAGCUGAAGAUGCCCUCUUUUGGGCUGGCUCGAGGGAAGGAAGCAGAAGUCCAAAGUGGGCGUGUCAGCCCUGGGGAAAAGCUGGAGUCCAUAGCUGGGCAGCUUAAGAUUCCUGAGGUAGAGUUGGUCACGCUGGGGGCCCAGGAGGAAGGGGGAGACAAGGGGGCAGUGGCCAUCAGUGCAGUGCGGCAGGUGUCCACGACCAGGCAGGUCACUGAGGGCCAUGGGGGGGUGCUUAGGAUGCCUACUCUGGGCAUCUCCCUGCCCCAGGUGGAGCUGACCAGCUUUGGGGAGGCAGGCGCCACAGGGCUGCAGGCUGAGGGUACAACUCCUUCAGCAGAGGACACAGCAGGCUACAGAGUCCAGGUGCCUCAGGUGAGCCUGGCUUUGCCUGGAACCCAGGGGGCAGGUGGUGAGCUAUUAGUGGGCGAGGGUGUCUUCAAGAUGCCUACUGUGACUGUGCCCCAGCUUGAGCUGGAUGUGGGGCUAAGCCACGAGGCGCAGGCAAGUGGGGUGACCCCGGGUGAGGGUGGGCUGAGGCUGAAGUUGCCCACACUGGGGGCCAGAGCUGGGGGAGAGGGUGCUGGGGACCAGUCCCCAGGGGCCGAGCGGACCUUCCACCUCUCCCUGCCUGACGUGGAGCUCUCGCCACCCGCCGUGGGCAGCCACGCUGAGUAUCAGGUGGCUGAGGGCGAGGGGGAUGCCGGACACAAGCUCAAGGUACGGCUACCUCGGUUUGGCCUAGUGCGGGCCAAGGAGGGGGGCGAGGAGGGCGAGAAGGCCAAGAGCCCCAAGCUCAGGCUGCCCCGAGUGGGCUUCAGCCAGAACGAGUCGGUGCCUGGAGAAGGCUCCCCCAGCCCCGAGGAGGAGGAGGAAGAGGGCAGUGGGGAAGGGGCCUCCGGACGCCGGAGCCGGGUCAGGGUCCGCUUGCCCCGUGUGGGCCUGGCUGCCCCUUCUAAGGCUUCCAGGGGACAGGAGGGUGAGGCAGCCUCCAAGUCUCCUGUUGGAGAGAAGUCACCCAAAUUUCGUUUCCCCAGAGUGUCACUAAGCCCCAAGGCCCGGGUUGGGAGUGGGGAUCAGGAAGAGGGUGGCUUCAGGGUCCAGCUGCCCAGUGUGGGGUUUUCAGAGACAGGGGCUCCAGGCCCCACCAGGAUAGAGGGGGCCCAGGCUGCCGCCGUCUGAAGCCCUAGACAGAUGGAUCCCCCACUCUUGUUUUCCCAUUCUCCCUUCCCUGUUUUGUGUGUGAGAUACUAGCACUAACCCUCAGAGGGCCCCAAGGUGGUCAACUCAUCCAGGCAGGGGUGGUGAGGCCU